CCUGUGUGCUGAGAUCUCAAUCAGAAGUCAAUUCGAUUCGGUUUUACCGCCUCUCCUCCGCGAGUAGGACGGGCUUAUCACGGCAAUUCACAACUGUUUCAGUGACUGAACGAUGGCAGUGAACCUAAGCAAAAACGGCAUUGCCCUGACAAAUGCCUACAAGGAGGUGGUAGAUGAGAAAUCCAACACCAAUUGGGCAUUGUACACCUACGAGGGGAACACUAAUGAUAUCCGAUUGGCAGAGAAGGGAGAUGGUGGACUGGAGGAACUGGUGGAGGAACUUAGCAGCGGGAAAAUUAUGUACGCGUUCUGUCGUGUCCAGGACCCAAACUCUGGCCUGUGCAAAUACGUCCUCAUCAACUGGACUGGAGAAGGUGUGAAAGAUGCCCGGAAAGGACUAUGUGCCAAUCAUGUCAGCUCCAUGGCAAAUUUUCUCAAGGGUGCCCAUGUCACAAUAAAUGCCCGUGCAGAGGAGGAUGUGGAACCUGAGGCUAUUAUGCAAAAGGUGGGCAAGGCCUCGGGAGCCAACUAUAGCUUCCACAAAGAGUCUAACAAGUUCCGAGACGCUGGUCCCCAGGGACCUGUGGGCUCUGUCUAUCAGAAGACCAACGCUAUGUCUGAAAUCAAACGCACCAAUAAAGACAACUUCUGGGCGCAGGCAGAGAAAGAUGAGGAGAAGCGGCGACAGGAGGAGCGUUGUAAGGCAGACGAGGAGCGCCAGAAGCUGGAGAAAGACAGGAAGGAUCGAGAGGCCAAGGAGGCAACUCUCAGAGAGAAGAGAGACAAGGAAAGGGCCUCUAUGAUCGACCAGCAGAAGAAGUACCAGCAGCAGCAGGAAGCUGAGAGCAGAGAAGAUGAGAAACAACAAUGGGAGGAGCAGGAGAAGGACUUCCAGGCAACUCAGAAGAAAGGGAUGAAGCGUGGUGAAUCUGUGGAGAAAGCCAAUGAGGCAGCCAAUCUGAUCUCACAGCGCUCUAUGAACCCCAGAGAGAUGUUCAAGCAGAGAGAGAAGGGCAUGGACACCCCUGCUGCUACCCACGCCACUGCCAGCCCCCAGCCAGAACCCAGUGUGGAUGAGUCAUCCCAGUCUGAGUGCUUGGAUGAGCAGGAUGCAACCCCUGUUCAGGAUGCAGUCCCUGAGGAACAGUGGCAAGAUGAAGUGAAGGCACCAGCUCCUCCCACUCAGCACAACCAUCCCACAGAGCCAGCCCAAAAUGAUCUCUAUGAGGAGCCCCCACAGGUGGAAGAGAACACAUUUGAGGUGCCUGCAGGGGAGAAGACGGACCGAGGUGUCUGUGCCAGGGCUCUAUACGACUACCAGGCUGCUGAUGACACAGAGAUCUCCUUUGAUCCUGAUGACAUAAUCACUGGCAUCGAGAUGAUUGACGAGGGCUGGUGGCGGGGCUACAGCCCAGACGGGCAUUUUGGAAUGUUCCCAGCCAAUUACGUGGAGGUUAUUUAGGUCCAUACCUCGCCCACUCACUAGAUCAGCAUAUUGGAGGCAGAAUAGAAAAGACCCCCCCCCACCCCCAGAAGAAUUUGGCAGUAUGAAAACUGCUUGGUCCAGAACACAGCAGGUCAGAAGUAACUCAACAGUGAACCCUUUAGAAUAGUUUGCUGAACUGAAUCUGCCACAUUAUGGACCAAUAUAUGAACAAUAACCAUGGGACCAGGGGUCGUGCAAAUCUAUCCCUGUUGAAGGAAGCAAUUCAAUUAUGUUGUUGAUGUUGUGAGGCGUUAGAUGGCAUAGUUUAGGUUUUGAUGAAAACCCAUAUACUGGCCAACCCCAAACUGAAUCUCUCACCUUUUAAUGUGAUGCAGUAAAUUGACAGGCUUUUUAGAUUUUUCAAUUCAAGUUUCCAUUGCGAACAUUAAUAGCACUUGUAGAUCACAUUCCUUAAAAAGUGAAUCCAGUUUUGUUCCAGAUAUACUAUUUUUGUUAUUUGUAGCAUUCACUCCGGUUGGGUUCAGGAUAAUAUUUCAUAGCUCACAUAAUGGUACCAACUAUGAUCUUUGGCCUUUUUUUGCCUUUUCCUCAGACUAAUAUUUUAUGUGAGUAUUUCUUUGUCAGAAAUUAUUUUGCUUGAAAGGAAUCCUGUGUGAAUUUCCAACAGUAGUUUGGUAUUGCAGUGGAAUUGAUUAUUAGAAAACCAAAAGGUUCUAUAUUUGCUAUGCUCUCUGGGUGGCUGAACUUGAGGGAAAAUAGGAGUGUAAAUAAUGACAAUCAUAUUCUUGUGAAAUACUUGUAUUUUUAUUUUUUAAUACCGCUGAAGUCCGUAAGUUUACAUACACUUAGGUUGGACUCAUUAAAACACAGUUUUGGCAAGUCGGUUAGGACAUCUAUUUUGUGCAUGACACAAGUCAUUUUCCCAACAAUUGUUUACAGACAGAUUAUUUCACUUAUAAUUCACUGUAUCACAAUUCCAGUGGGUCAGAAGUUUACAUACACUAAGUUGACUGCCUUUAAACGGCUUGGGAAAUUCCAGAAAAUGAUGUCAUGGCUUUAGAAGCUUCUGAUAGGCUAAUUGACAUCAUUUGAGUUAAUUGGAGGUGUACCUGUGGAUGUAUUUCAAGACCUUUCUUCAAACUCUGUGCCUCUUUGAUUGACAUCAUGGGGAAAUCCAAAUAAAUCAGCCAAGAACUCAAACUUGUAGACCUCCAAGUCUGGUUCAUCCUUGGGAGCAAUUUCCAAAUGCUUGAAGGUACCACGUUCAUCUGUACAAACAAUAGUAUGCAAGUAUAAACACCAUGGGACCAUGCAGCCGUCAUACCGCUCAGGAAGGAGACGUGUUCUUUCUCUUAGAGAUGAACGCACUUUGGUGCAAAAAGUGCAAAUCAAUCCCAGAACAACAGCAAAGGACCUUGUGAAGAUGCUGGAGGAAACGGGUACAAACGUAUCUAUAUUCACAGUCAAAUGAGUCCUAUAUCGACAUAACCUGAAAGGCCGCUCCGCAAGGAAGAAGCCACUGCUCCAAAACCGCCAUAAAAAAGCCAGACUACGGUUUGCAACUGCACAUGGGGACAAAUAUUACUUUUUGUCAUCUGGUCUGAUGAAACAUAAAUAGAACAGUUUAGCCAUAAUGCCCAUCGUUGUGUUUGGAGGAAAAAGGGGGAUGCUUGCAAGCCGAAGAACACCAUCACAACUGUGAAGCACGGGGGUGGCAGCAUCAUGUUGUGGGGGUGUUUUGCUGCAGGAGGGACUGGUGCACUUCACAAAAUAGAUGGCAUCAUGAGAAAUAAAAAUGAUGUGGAUAUAUUAAAGCAACAUCUCAAGACAUCAGUCAGGAAGUUAAAGCUUGGUCGCAAAUGGGUCUUCCAAAUGGACAAUGACCCCCAGCAUACUUCCAAAGUUUUUUGUAAAAUGGCUUAAGGACAAGAAUGUUAAGGUAUUGAAGUGGCCAUCAGAAAGCCCUGAUCUCAAUCCUAUAGAAAAUGUGUGGGCAGAACUGGAAAAAGUGUGCGCGAGCAAGGAAGCCAACAAACCUGACUGUUACACCAGCUCUGUCAGGAGGAAUGGGCCAAAGUUCACCCAACUUAUUGUGGGAAGCUUGUGGAAGGCUACCCAAAACAUUUGACCCAAGUUAAACAAUUUAAUGGCAAUGCUACCAAAUAUUGAAUAUCUGACCCCCUGGGAAUGUGAUGAAAUAAAUAAUUAUCUACUAUUAUUCUGACAUUUCACAAUCUGAAAAUAAAGUGGUGAUCCUAACUGACCUAAGAUAGGGAAUUCUAACUACGAUUAAAUGUCAGGAAUUGUAAAAAACUGAGUUUAAAUGUAUUUGGCUAAGGUGUAUGUAAACUUCUGACUUCAACUGUAUAUGAUGGUUAUGCUAAAGAGCUCAUCCCCAUAUCCUCCCUGCUCUCUUCAGCCCCUGGAGAAUUUGUAUAAUGGACUAUUUCAGGGACCAGUUACACAAAACAAAGCAGAAGUCAUAUUUCCUCUCUCGUGCUUUUGCCGUUUUCAUAUGUAUCCUGGGUAGGGUUGCAGAAUUCUGGGAACUUUCAAUAAAUUCCCGGGUUUUCCGGAAAUCGUGGUUGGAGGAAUCCUGGAAUCAGGAAGGGCAUAAACAGGAAAUCUGGAAUCUUCCAAACAGGAUUUCUGGAAAACCUGGGAAUUCAUUGAAAGUUCCGAGAAUGUUGCAACCCUGGUCCUGUGUACAACUAGUCUCUGCUUAACCAGUCUUUCACAGCCAGGUCCAACUUCCAUCAAAAUACAGGUCUGUGAUUGGCUUUUCCUAGCAGAAGAGCCUUGAUCAGAUGCUGUUUUCCUGGCAGAAGAGCCUUGAUCAGAUGCUGUUAUCUUGUGACAGUGCCAAAGGAGGGGAACAGGAUGACGUCAUCCUCUGGAAAGUGCUUUCUCUCAUUUUUAAUCAGUGUUGAAACUCCAUAACCAUUAGGCUAUGCAACGUCACUGCUUUUUAAUUUAUAAUGAAAUCGUUGUGGAAGAAAAAGUUUAAGACAUUGUCACUUUAAUGAUAAAGGAAUUAAAGAAUGAUUUAAAACCGGUCAUGGUCAUUUCAAGGUGUGAUGUAUUCAUGUUUUUGUUUUUCAAGAGUAUAUUGUAAUGCAAAUAUGUUCAUCAUAAUUAAAAGAGUUAAAGUAAAAUGUG